GUAGAUGGGUUAGUUUGUGAGAAGUCCCUUUUGGAACCACUGAGCGUUCGUUUGUUCUCUGGCCCCGAUAAAUCUCGGGUGGACAUCUCUUUCCAGCUCGUGCCCAAACUAGCUGCUACGAAAGAGUGAGUGAGUGCGGCCCGAGAUCUAAGGCCCCCCUUCCCCCUCUCCAUUCUUCAAUCCGCUCCUUUACCUCUUGUUUGAUAUCGUGUGGCAAAGUGAGAUCCACAAUAAGAUUGAGGUCUGUCUGCCUGCCUCUCUUUCCAUCUCGUCGGUCGUCUUGGGAUGGAAUCGUCGCGUUGAUCUGAGAAUUUGCCACGACCAAAAGGAAAAGGGGGAAUAGAUCGUUGUAAAUCAAAGUAAGGCCGUGUAUGGUGAUGGCCAUGUUUGGAGAGGUUGUGCGCGGUGCGAGUGUUGGAAGCCUGGGUGAAAAGCUUGAGAUGAUUAGCUUACAUCCCCGUCCUUGUCUGCGUCUCUGAGCCGGCGAUGAGGAGGAAGAUAUUUUCGCAUCAACGCAUGGCAAAGAGGCCACCAACCAAUUGGUGAGAUUGUUGGCAGUCUAUCAAAGCAUUUGAUCUCCGCCUUCGUUCCAUUCACCAGCCCCAGGAGCUCCACUCCCUCUGGGCCAGCCUUGAGGAAGGUUCUGUCAGGAAAUAAAACUCCAAACGGGAACUCCCCGGUCUGUCGAUCUUGGGGGCUUUGUUUUUCAAUUUUCAAGCGGACCACGUGGAGAAGAAGUUCUUUUUUUCUGGUUGGGAGUAGCAAGGGAUUCAAGAAGCGAAACUUCUGGUGUUCUCUCUCUCGCUCCCUCUUGCAACUCCCCACACCCACUCACCCCCUCCAGGGAGGAAGUCGAGGCCGGAUUUGGAAGUCCUCGAACCAUCAUCGAGGACGAACUCUCCCCUCUCCAAAUCCCAAAUCCUCCUUUGCAUGUGAACCUCCUCCUCCUCCUCGUCCUCCUCCUUCUUCUUCUUCUCGUCCCCAGCUUAUUGUUGGUCGUUUGUCGGUUCUCCGAGUGUCAAACUUGCUAAAUAGUGACAAAAACUUCCUACAAAGACGAGCCAAAGAAGAGGAACAAUACAAAGGCCAAGAGGAGAUAUCAUUUGGCAGGCUGCUCGAGCGACGAGAAAACUUUUUGAAAACACAUUAAACCGCCUUUUUUACCCUCCCUGCGGGUCAACCAUCCAUCCAUCCAUCCAUUCAUCCCUUGGCCUGAGGCUCAGCAAGACUCUGUCAAACUAGUUCAGAGUCGGGAAUGACAACAACCUCCAAUUGGAGCACUGACACACUCUCUCUGUUUCGGUGUGUCCUUCUCUCUCCGUGAUGACACAAUGUACCAACAGACAGCAUAACAACUUUCAUAAUGUGCACUGACACGGUGAUCUGAAUGUUCCACCAUUGUGAGUGAGCCUAUCGUCGCCACUUAUAAUUGCAUACAAGUGAGAGGCUACAUUUGCAUUUGCCUUUCGAAGCGAAUGCUGGCUUCCAUUGUCAUCUGAAGGAGAUCUGGCCAAGAGGCUCGACCAAGCCACUGAGUUCUGGAAUUGACAUUCCUGAGAUGCCGACGAUGAUUUAUUCAAAAGCCUUUCUCGUGGUGGCUGUAACCCUUGGGGUGGGUCUGGGAUCUGCUGCAGCCAAGGAUUGUGGUUUUCCUGGGCAGCCGCAGAAUGGAUCCACCUUGAGUUCGGAGAAGUUCUUUUACCCUGGCGAAGAGGUGACAUUCGAAUGUGACACGGGUUUCAUUCUGUUCGGCAAGAAGCGCCGAACUUGUGUCGAGGAUGGAUCGUGGAGCGACUCUCUGCCCGAAUGCCGUUACAACAUGGCCUUGAAGCGAACCACUUCCCAAUCCGAGACUUUGUGGAGCUACGAUCCAGAUCUGGCCGUUGAUGGUGACCCGAACACAUGUUCUUUCACACCACAAUCGGAAGUGCAACGUUGGUGGAAGGUUCAUUUGAUUGGCACGCCUCCUAUUGGCGCCGUGGCUGUCACAAUCAGCCCUGGGACAUUUCAACAAUUUACCAUUUUCGUCGUGGAACUCAUGGAUGGGAACAAAGCCAUGUACAAACCUUGUGCCAAGUUUGAGGGGAAAUUCCAGGACCAAAAAGCGCUUUUCAAUUGCAAUGACAACGAAGGUCACACCGGGCAAUUCGUGUAUAUCCGUGACGAUCGCAAAGACAAGGAAUAUUUUGGCCUUUGUGAAGUCGAGGUGUUUGAACACAAAGGGAUUCCUCAGUGUGGCCAACCAGAGCAGCCUAUCUACGGGACUGUGAAACUUCAAGGAGAUUUGGCUCACUACACUUGCAUCCCGGGUUACACGAUGCGAGGCAAUGCAAGCCGACAAUGUACAUGGAAAGGAUGGCAUGGAAAGGUGCCAGAUUGCACAGAAGUCCAGUGUGACCAUCCUGAAUCCACCAAGGAUGGAUUCAUUGAAGUGUCCAACUUUAAAGGCAGCUACGUUUACGGAUCCAGGGCCACUUACCACUGUAACCCGGGGUUCAUUCUGUGGGGUAAGCUCAAACAAAGCUCAUUUGUCACCAUCGCUGACUCAUGUCUUUGGGGUAUUAAUCAUUUUUGUGCCUCCACAGGUAACGCCACACGAUUAUGCGACGCUCAGGGCCUUUGGACAGGUUCCACGCCCAAAUGUCAACCCAUUGCUUGCGGCGACCCCAUUACCUUUCAACACGUGACCGUAGCACUCAUCAACGGAUCCACAAUUUGGAGAGCGGUGGCCCAAUACGCUUGUAUCCACGGAUACCGAUCUGCAGAUGGAAACAGUUCCUUACGGACCAGUCACUGCCUUCAAAAUGGUACAUGGACCCCGGUCCACUUGACUUGCGUUCCAGAAGCGCAUCUGGGCGACGGGUUCCAUGGAACAAGUGCAGAUGGCGGCUUUCUCGUGGGUGGAGGGGCUCACGCCAACUACGGCUCGGGUACCAUGAUGGUGGUGGCCGUGAUUGCCGCUGUGAUCACGGGAGUGGCUGUGGCUUUUUUCAUAAUCUUUGUGCGUAAAUGGUUGCUCAAAUGGUCUGACUCGACAUCCAAUCAUCAUCUGUUUAUGGGCUCUGGUCCAGGCGGUGGCCUUGGUGGACCCAACGGUGGCCCUCCAUCCUCGUUGGACGUGUCCUUCAAAGGCGUUGGAGGCUACAGUGCCAGCAACCAAUACAGUACCAUGCCCAUGCUCAAACAAGACAAAUUAGAUGGGACUAACAUCUACCAAACCACGACUCUCUCAACAUUUGGACGCGGAAGCGGAGCUGGAGGAGGGGCCCAUGCCAGAGGAAUCCCCGUACCUGGAGUCACUUUGCCCACGUCCAAGAGCGCUGCAUUGAAUCAGCCUGGGUUUCAGAACGAACUGAUGGGGUUGAACGGGGGAUCACCCACCAACUCGGCCAACCCGCAUCAUUUGCGACGACCCCGGAGACUUAGGCGACUCAGACCCAACCUAACCCAUCGAAAGUCGUUGCCGCAGUCACGUUUGGAUGGACUGACCACCGCUACCUCGUUGUCGUCAUCCUCAGCCCCAUCGACUCCAGAAUCCCCAUGUUCCAUUUCCUCACGUCGAGGCUCGAACCCCGGAUCGGAGGAGGAGCAUGAAUCGGAUGAUACUAAUCUCAAGCACCUUUCUCAUGGCCAAUCUAAUGACGGCCCAACUUUCAAAUAUGCAGACGCCCGGGAUAUAGCCAAGGCCACUCUUCGCAAAGGCUGCCUCCAACCCGAGCGCUUGGCUCGAGUUCCAAAUCCACAUGGCGGCCACGAUUAUGCCAAUGUUCAGCGAUCGGCAAUGGCUUCGGCUGCCAUAGAUCCGUUUGCCAACAUUCCUUACGCAACACUAAGCCGCAAAUCCUCGAAUUUUCUUCUCGCCGGAGGAGUCCAAAAUUACAACAGCACCCAAGGCAAUAAAAGCAACUCUUCCAUUAUGAAUUACUUCGAUCCACUCAAAGGCACCAUGGUCUCGACAGACGAGCAGCAUGGUGGCCAAUACCCCUAUCACUUGGAGGACGGACAAAUCAUUCUUUUGCCGCCGUCCGAUUCGAUUCCAGACAUCCUUCAAACGGCCUCGGCCACCAACAAGGCCGAGAAAGGUCGGCAUGCUCUCAGUCUCACACGAAGUGGCAACCUGCCCAAGGAGGUCAUGGCACUCUAUGCCAAAGGGGAUCUAGCCAAAUGUGGAGGGACAGACCCAUCGAAGCCGCCUCCCGCUCCCAAGAAAAGUCUAAUCGUCAACGAGCUUUCGAAUCUGUGGCAUCCGACCGAGUCAAGUGAUAUGGAGCGAUGGAAGACUGGCAAUAAAAUGAGUUUCUCCUCAUCCAUGGACGAUCCGCUCCCGCCUAGUGUUCCUAAAGAGAGCUACAUCUCUGCUGUUAAUUCUAAUAUUGAUCAGAAUAUCUAAUAGCUAGAUUGCCCAACCAACCCCGAUUACCUUUCCUGACAUCAUGAUUUCAAGUACGUAAAACAAAACGUUUGGUUGAUGCUCUUUCCUAGAAAAGAACACCUCCCUGAGUCCUCGUAAAAAGUGAAUCUUCGCAUUUUCUCUUCACUAUACGAAUAAAUCGCUUGAUCUAUCGCUUUCCCAGACAGAUACCUUUAUCCCAUCGGAAUAAUGUUUCUAUUCAACAAAUUUGAAAUACAUGUUAACCUUUUCAAACCAA